AUUAAGGGUAAUUGUCAGUGUACCGGGAGCAAUUUGAGUUCGUUAACACUAUGGUUAAGCCGAUAGAAGCGGCCUUGUACGCCGCACUGGGCGGCAUAUCUACCGCGGUGGCGACUCUCAAUGUCGUCUACCCGCAGAUCCGCCAGGACCUGAAGUUCCUACGAAAAGUUCGCGGUCCCCUGUCACGAUAUCGGCGGUACAUCUCAGCCCAACCCCCGGUCACCAUAGUGGACCGCUUCCUGCACCAGGUCCAACUCCAGCCCGACAAGGAUUUCAUCCUGUUCGAGGAUGAAGUCUACAGCUACAAGGACGUGGACGUCAUGUCCAACAAGGUGGCAAACUUCUUCCGCGAGGAGGGUCUCAAGUGUGGUGACACCGUCGCCAUGUUGGUGUACAACGAGCCGGCCUUCGUCUGGACUUUCCUGGGACUGGCAAAGCUCGGGGUCAAAAUGGCGCUUCUGAACACGAACCUGAGGAGCAGGUCCCUCCUGCAUUGCUUCACAGUGUCGGAAGCGAAGGCGCUUAUUGUAGGACAAGGCGAUGUUUUGCUUGAAGCCACCAUGGAAAUCUUACCAGCUUUGGCAGAGCAUGGUAUAACCGUCUGGCUACAGGGGGACCAGCCUGCUCCCCAAGGCAUCAUCUCAUUGGAUGACAAGAUCAACCAGGCGUCCGAUCAGCCAAUCCCUGUCAAGAUGAGAGAGAGCAUUACUGCUAAAGAUGCUCUGUGUUACAUCUACACAUCCGGGACAACAGGUCUCCCGAAAGCUGCCAAAAUAACAACAGAAAAGGUUCUCGGAGCAGGCUGUUUUUUCGGAAUCUCCGACCUGAAGAAUGACGAUGUUGUGUACAUUACGCUACCGCUGUACCAUUCAAAUGGACUAUUCUUUGGUCUGGCAGGAACCAUUGAGCAUGGAACCACCAUGGCGCUGGCCAGGAAGUUUUCAGCGACGCGGUUUUGGGACGACUGUCGCAAGUACAACGCUACUAUAGUCCUCUACAUCGGGGAGCUGCUGCGGUACCUGUGUGCUCAACCAAAGACCCCAUUCGACAGAAACCACGGCGUCCGACUAGCGUUUGGGAACGGUCUCCGUCCCGACAUCUGGGAGAAGUUUCAGGAGAGGUUCGGAGUCGGGCAGAUUGUAGAAUUCUACGGCGCAACGGAAGGAAACGUGUCAUUCUUCAACAUCUUCAACAAAACGGGAGCUGUCGGCAUGGCGACUCCAUUGUUUAAGAGGAUACGGCCAGCCUCUUUUCUGAAAGUAGACCCGGAAACAAGCGAACUCGUCCGAGACCAGAACGGCAGAUGUAUUCCCGUAAAGCUUGGAGAGCCUGGCCUUCUCGUGUCUGCCAUAUCGGACACUUUCCCUUUCGAAGGCUACAAAGGGGAAAGAAAGAUAACGGAGAGGAAGAUUCUUCGUAACGUCUUCAAGGAAGGAGACAUGUUCUUCAACACAGGAGACCUGAUGAUGGUGGACAAGGACUACUACGUGUACUUCAUAGACAGGCUGGGGGAUACGUACAGGUGGAAAGGAGAGAACGUGGCAACUACAGAAGUGGCGGAGGUCUUACACGACAUAGAGGAAAUACAGGAAGCCAACGUGUACGGAGUCACCGUGCCAGGUCAUGACGGUCGAGCUGGAAUGGCGGCCAUCGUGCUACAUCCGGGACACCGAGCGAACCCACGGGACUGGUACUCCCAUGUUGCCUUGCGCCUGCCCGUCUACGCCCGGCCGCUGUUCCUCCGACUGACCCGCGACCUGGACCACACCGGCACCUUCAAACAGACCAAGCCUGAGCUGGUGAGGGAGGGGUUCGAUCCGAGCGUCGUCACGGACAGUUUGUACUUCCGUGAUGACUCUAAGGAAACCUACGUCCCGCUGGAUUUGGAAGUCUACAAGUCCAUCGUUGUCGGCAAGGCCAAACUUUGAACCAACUCUGAUCCGAUCGGACGCACUGCAUUGUAGCAAUCUCCAAGCAGAUUUUUGGGUGACUGCAAUACAGUAUCAAAUUGGCCAAGCAGUAUCCAAUGUGCCAAGCAGUAUCCAAUGUGCCAAGCAGUAUCUAAUACGCCAAUACGAUAAGCAAUAUCUUAUACGCCAAGCAAUAUUCAAUACACCAACCAAGUAGGGCGGCCAAUGGUUACAAGUGGCCAAAAUAGACCCUCGCCCCAGAGAAUCGGCAUGG